UGCGCACACUGAAUAUAGCCCCUAACGUCACUAUUGUGCGCCAACGCUGAACAUGGCGAACCGUAAAAAGAACCCUAUUAUCUCUUCUCUAGCGGCUUAUGAUGAUGAUGAUGAUUCAGAUCAGGAUUCAAAUCCAGACACAGAUGAUCAAGAAUCUCAUGGUGGAUUGGUGUCGGCUGGUUACGGAGACGACGACGUGAGUCGUGUGGAGGAGGCAGAUGAGAAGCCCUCUGAGAAUGAGGACAGUGAUGACGACAGCACUAGAAAUUCGGAAGAGGAGGAGUCGGACUCAGGGCGGACCCAAGAUGAUGUGAAGGACGUCACAGAAGUAGAGGUUAAAGACCCCAAUGAGCUUGUUGCACAGUUUUCAGAGAAGGUUCGGAACAUGUCUCCUGAUGAGAUCAGAAUUCCUCCUGAACCUCCUGGGCGUUGUUCCAGUCAUCUGCAGGAAAAGAUCUUUAAGCUUUAUGAGCGGAAGCUUCACGGAGACUUUGAUACGAACAGUCAUAUUCAAAAGAAGAAAGAGUUUCGCAAUCCAAGUAUUUAUGAGAAGCUGAUCCAGUUCUGUAGUAUUGACGAACUUGGAACCAAUUAUCCAAAAGACAUGUUUGAUCCUCAUGGCUGGUCAGAGGAUUCAUAUUAUGAGGCACUAGCCAAAGCUCAGAAAGUGGAGAUGGACAAGCUGGAAAAAGCCAAAAAGGAAAAGACCAAGAUUGAGUUUGUGACGGGCACCAAAAAAGGGACCACUACUAAUGCAGCAGCUAUGGCCACGAACACAACGACUGCCUCUUCCACAGAUGCACAAAAGAGGAAGAGCAAGUGGGACUCAGCAGUACCAGUGACCCUCGCACAACCCGCCCUCCUCACCACCACUGCCACCCUCCCUGGAGUCGUCUCUGUGACCACGACAGCCAGCGGCACCAAGACCACAGUCAUCUCUGCAGUGGGAACCAUUCUCAAAAAAGCUAAGCAAUGACAUGAAACAAGACAGGGGAUUUCAGUUCAGGUUGCCAGAUUGAUAGCGAAUGGCAGUGCCACAUGUGAACAUAACAAGGUCUGAUGUUUUUACUUGAGCAGCAGUUGGUUUUAACUGUCUGGCAACUGGACUAGAUGGUGUUUAUCUUAUUUUCAGAAAGUUAAAAAUUCUGGAUAUAGCUUUAUAACGACAAUUAUAUCAGACAUCUUCGUGUUCGGUUUUGACUAGCUGUUUCGGAUGCAUUCAUCUGGUGGUUAAUUCUCUCUUGUCUUUGUCCAGAUGUUUUCCGUGAUUCUUGUAUGUAAAAACAAUCCUGCAGAUGUCAUACAUGUCUAUUGCAUUCAUGUCAUUUCAUGUCGAACAUAUGAAUACUGAAACUUGCAGUAAUUUAUUGCUUAUCAGCAAAUUCAAAUUUUCUUUUUCUUUUCAAUAAUCAUUCAAUGUUUGAUGCCCAGUUAGGUCUGUCUGCUAUCUGUGUUUUCAUUUUUAUGUUUUGGAUAGGUCAUGUCACACAGAGCACCUAUUAAACAUUACCAUAGUAUUCAUUCAGUAUCUUAUUACAACAAUAGCCAAUUAGGGCUAAGCAAGUUCAUUUUUACAGUUUUUCUUUUGUCAUUUCUACUUUUAUUUUGUUUUACCGAUGCAAGUAGGUUUUUUUAAACAUGUAUAUAUUAAAAUGACUCUGGCUUCUCUGUAGCUCAGCAGUGUAAAAAUAAAUGGUUUUUGUAUAA